UCUUCUUCGCGGCCGUGGGUCGGAGCCGCUGUGUCCCCGGUCUGGCACGUUCCUAGCCAAAUUCUCCACGGUGUAAAAUUAGAUCCCCCCUUUUUAUCAAAAAACAAAAGUAUCCCCCCUUCAAGUCCCUGCAACCGCUUUUAGGUUUCCGCUGAACACACACCUCCAAACCCCCAGCAGACAGCUCUGAAGAUGGCGGUGGUAAGCGGGAUGUCGGGGUCGGCUGUAGCCCGGCUGGAGGGCCGAGAAUUCGAGUAUCUGAUGAAGAAAAGGUCGGUGACCAUCGGCCGGAACUCCUCGCAGGGUUCGGUGGACGUCAGCAUGGGACACUCCAGCUUCAUCUCCCGGCGGCACCUUGAAAUAUUCACCGCGGGAGAAGAUGGCACCGGCACGGGGGAAUUCUAUCUCCGAUGCCUCGGAAAAAACGGGGUGUUUGUUGAUGGGGUGUUCCAGAGAAGAGGGGCGCCUCCUCUCCAGCUUCCACGAAUGUGUUGUUUCCGGUUCCCCAGCACAAGUAUAAAGAUCACGUUCACAGCCCUGUCCAAUGACAGGAAGGAGCAAAGGAACGUGCCGGAAUCACCGGUUAAGCCCGUCCAACCCCAAAUUUCCCCGCUGACCAUCAACAUUCCUGAAAACAUUGCCCACCUCAUGAGCCCACUGCCUUCACCUACAGGCACCCUCAGUGCGGUAAACUCCUGUCCAUCAAGUCCGCGGGGAGCGGGACUCUCCAGCUACAGGACAGGCCGAGUUCUGGCCUCUGACCUAAUAGGAGACAACUCUCAAUCAGAAAACGACAAAGAGGCCUCAGGUGAAGACAGCCCAAAGGAUGACUCCAAACCUCCGUAUUCGUAUGCACAACUAAUAGUCCAAGCUAUCACCAUGGCCCCGGAUAAACAAUUAACGCUGAAUGGAAUAUACACACACAUCACCAAGAACUACCCCUACUACAGAACAGCUGAUAAAGGCUGGCAGAACUCAAUCCGCCACAACCUGUCCCUGAACCGGUACUUCAUCAAAGUGGCCCGCUCUCAGGAGGAGCCGGGCAAAGGCUCCUUCUGGAGGAUCGACCCCGCCUCUGAGGGCAAGCUGAUAGAACAAGCCUUCAGGAAGCGCAGGCCGAGGGGAGUGCCCUGCUUCAGGACGCCUGUGGGCCCGCUCUCCUCCAGGAGCGCUCCAGCUUCUCCCAGCCACACAGGGGCCCUGUCUAUCUCCAGUGGGGUACAGACUCCAGACAGCCUGUCCAGAGAGGGCUCCCCCAUCCCCAUGGAGCCAGAGCUGACCCCCCCGCCACCCCCCACCCAAACCACUACAGUCCAGCCCAAACUCGCUGUCAUCCAAGAGGCCCGCUUUGCACAGAACUCCCCUGGCUCCGCCCUCAACACCCAGCCAGUAUUGAUCGCCGUGCAGCGCCAGAUGCCUCAAACGACCAUGAAGCCUGUGACCUAUACCAUGGCGUCACCAGCCAUCGUAACGACGUCGGUUAGCUCCGCCCCUAUCAUGCAGACGGUGCACGUCGUCCACCAGAUUCCAGCCGUAACCAUGGCAACUGUUGCCAGACAGACUGCUACAGUGAUCCCAGAGCCUCGACAGAACGGAGGAGGACAGCACAAAGAGAUCAAACUCAAAAUGGAGUCGAUGCCAUCCAUCACCGCCUCAUCGAUAGGUGGAAUCAGCCGCAUCAUCCAGAGCUCUCACGCUGCUCCUCUGACUACAGUAACCAUCGUGCAACAAGCCCCGCUGGGCCAGCACCAGCUCCCAAUCAAGGCCAUCACACAGAACGGGACCCACCUGCUCCCCAUCACCACUGCUGCUAGCACAGCCAUUGCAAACCCUCUCCACCUCCUGGCGGCCCACGCCUCCGCCUCAGCGUCCCUCCCUACCAAGAGGCAGAACGGAGAACUGCAGGACCAACCCCUGUCAAAGAGAGUGAAAACAGAGGGAGAAGCAGCCGCCACCAACAAUAACGGCACCACGGACAGAGCCGGAGAAGGUGGGGUCAGUGAACAGAUCGGUAACAAGUAGCCUCCCCCCCGGCCGCUCUGCAUCCUGACCCCUGCUCUCCUGUACGCAUUGAGCCUCACCCCUCCAUCCUCCAUCAUCUACUCCAAGGUGCCAAAAACAGAAGAGACUCGGAAACACCUGCAGGACUACAGAAUGUUCAAAACCUCCUCCUCAACCCCCGACCCUCUUCUAUAUAUUUAAGACCACGAAAUACGAUGCAAAAACUAAAGACCAAAUUUGAAAAUGGAAUCAAAGAGUUGCUGAUGACUGAAUCUCCGACGCUUGUGAGCCAGAUGGCAGGAAGAAAAGAAAAAGAAUCCAGAUUUAUAGAUCAAAAAAGACUUAUUGGACAUGCAAGGAGUCCUGAAAGGAGCCUCGUGCUGGUAGCAUUACAGAAGUGCUUUACUGUGAGUUGGAUAUAGAAAGCAACCAAGUGAAUCACCAGUAGUGUAUUCCACAAAGAGAAGCGUGUACGUACGUGUGGACAUUCCCAUCUCCGGCAGCUAGCCUCCAUGUCGACCUACCUAACCCAGUUGUGAGUAGAUAUGCAGUAUUCCGUUGUACAAGUGUAUCAUUGGCUCUUUUUUGAGUGUUUCUCCGUCUCCCCAGGCACAGAUUCUAUCUAGUAAUAAAUAAGAUGACUAAAAGCUAUAAGUGGGAUCUUUAAGAACAUUUAAACAUGACAUGAUAUUUUGGGAAUCCUUUUCUGUUGCUUUUGUAUGUGGACUCUUUGUUCAGUGAAAUGAAUGUAGUCUCUCUUUUCCUUUAAAGAAAACACUAUCUAUGGAGUGGAUGUUAUUGUUUCUGCUCAUUCAUGCAAAGGACAUUUCUUUAUCACUGUACAUCUACAGAUUUUUCAUAUUUUACAAAUAUCCUAUGAGAUAAAAAAGUAUAUUCCCAUGCGUAUUUGACCUUGUGCUUCAUCAAGCUUGCAUGUUACGGAUCUAGAGACAAUGUACUUGAGCAGAUUAUCUGAAUAUGGAACUGAAGAAAAUUGAGACUGAAUCUACCCUAUAUGAUUCUGACCAGUGCUGCACUUAACCCUCUUAGUGGUUCUUUUUCCCUUUUUGUAUUUUCAUUUGCUCCGUUUUCCCCAUCAUCAUGGGCCGUGUUUGUUACCUUUUGUGUUGAAGUUGGCAACUCUUUGCUUGAUUUAUGUUAUUCUGUUCAGGCUCCUAAACGGUCUAAACAUGGAAUUCUAUGUUACACGAGGAAAAACAAGUGAUAGGUGUUCGUUCUGCUUCAGUGGGUAAAUGCUUUUUUUAUAAAUUUAUUUAAAACACAUAACUUCUGUUUGUAUUUCUUUUGAGUAAAAGCCUUCUCUGCCGGGGAAAUGCGUACUCCCAA